GGGAGCGCGCGCGGCGACGGGAGCGCGCGCGGCGCCGGCAGCUGGGAGCCCGCUGGGGCACAGCUACCCUCGGCCGCGCCGCGCCGGCCAUGGAUCCCUUCCCCAAAGAGGGCGAGAGCGCCGCGGCCGGAGAGCCCAGCCGGGGCGCUGCCCCCUCCAGCGGGGUGGUGGUGCAGGUCCGGGAGAAGAAGGGCCCCCUGCGCGCCGCCAUCCCCUACAUGCCGUUCCCCGUGGCUGUCAUCUGCCUCUUCCUCAACACCUUCGUGCCGGGGCUGGGAACAUUUGUAUCCGCUUUCACCGUGCUGUGUGGAGCCCGCACUGACCUCCCCGACAGGCACAUGUGUUGUGUCUUCUGGCUGAACAUUGCUGCUGCUCUGAUUCAGAUCCUGACGGCAAUCGUGAUGGUUGGCUGGAUUAUGAGUAUAUUUUGGGGGAUGGACAUGGUCAUUCUUGCAAGUAAGUACAACACAAAGGAACAGGGGAUCCCACAGCAGCUGUAGUGGCUGGGACAAGUAUGGUCAGAGAAACGCGGCGAGAGAUUUCCUUUGGCAGCUGUGGGCCAUGGACCUUUUCAUUACCCUUUGUCUCUCUUCUUCUUCCUUUUGUCUUGUUUCCUUCUGUUUGAACCUGGUUCAUCUGCCCGUCCAGCGGAGCGGAGGUGCAGAGCGGCCGACGGAGACUUGCACUGAUCCCACUGAGCAGCAGAGAUGGGGCAAGCACGGCGUGGGUUAGGACUGGGCCCGGCCAGCACACGGUGGGCAGCCGAUAAGGAGGAGGAGGAUGCCAGGAGAAGGAAACACCCCUGGAGAAGGUGGCACCUGGGCAGGCAGCUGAGCCAGGGGAGCAGGAGAUGCUGCUUUCACUCUCAGGGGGAAGUAGCUGAAGACAUUUUGCCUCCUUUUUAUGCUCACCGUUAAAGGAAACCAGCUGUGAACAUCAAAUGCCAAGGAGCUAUUAAUAGAUAUAUGUACAGUAUGUAAAAGCAAACCAGUGGUACUUUUUUCCCCCACCCCAAGAGUCCAUCCUUGACUGCUUCGCAGUAGCGGAGGGCUCAGCCCAGCCUCCUCUGCUGUCUGUGUAUAUAUGAUGCUCAAUGAAGCUCUGUCCUUGCAGAUCUCUCAAGAAAUGUGCUUGCUGUAAAUCAUAUUGUACUGCUGAACUGACUGGGGCCAUCCCCUGCUUCCAUCCACUGGCACCAUGCAAAGACCAGACCUUCCACCAGCCCCUGGGGAGAUCUUAUCUAGCAAAGGACCAGUGCCCCGCAGCACCUUGCCUCUAGGGUGGUGGGCACAGCCACGUGCUGUCAAAAGCUUCUAAUGUAAAACAAUACUGGAGGAGGAAAAAAACCACAACUUUUCCUCCCCUCCCCCUGAAAGGGCCUUGCUGGAAGCAUCUCCAUGCUUUGGAAAUGGAUCCCCUUACAGUGCAGCACGUACUCCUGGCUGAAGCAGCGUCCCUGAUCCACUUCCCCAGGAGACCAGAGCUUUGUGCCAGGGACAGACCAGGCAGAGUCCGUCCCCUCAACAGGGUCCCAGAGAGCCCACAGUGGGAAAGCUGGCAGCAAGCUGGAGGUACGGUGCCCACAAUAUAUGCACUGGUAAGAAGAGCCAUGCAGUGAAGACACAGGUACAAGUGCUAAUUUGGAGCUUUCUGCCAUCAGCAACGCUUGUCUCUCUCUUUAGGGCCAAAUUAAUCAUCCAGCGCUUUCAUACCUCUUUCUGGAGCACCGCAGAGGGAGGCCACCCACUCCAGGAUGCCCACCAACACCGGGGCUGGAUAACUUGCCUCCCACUUGUGGGAACCAUGCUGCGCCAUCCCGCUGGUGCCUGCCGUACCGUACUGCUGCUGCAAACCGACCCCUGCCUCCUCGCCAGUGCAGCUAGAGGUGACAGCCAGCGAACACUUGAUCUGGUCAAAGGUGCAUGGCACCAGGCUGUCCUGAUAUCAUCUGCUUUUUAAAUAUAGAUGUUUUAGAUGCAAGUUUUACAGCUAAAGAGCGAUAGUAGGUUACAGAGAAUAAAUGCAAUUGCUUCACCCCCAUCCGCCAGUGACACAGUAUUUUCUGCUGCUGUUUCCUGAUUGUGAAAACCAGGUUUCUCAAAAAGAAAAAAAAAAAAAAGGGCUUUAAUGAAAUAGUUCCUUGGUACUUGAACCCAGCCAGGCUGAAGAGCUGAUUUAUUACUCGAUAGAAAGCAAUUCCAGGUAGGAACCAAACCAAAUGUCUUUUUGAAAUUUGCGGCCAGUCUUAAACCAGUUUAAUUGUGGAUCAGCCCAACCAUUACAAUGCAGAGCACAUUAGCAUUUUUUCUAAGUUUGUUGGUGUUGCCAAAUCCUUACUUACCAUGGAAAAGGUGCUAUGGCAGCCAGCCCCCACCCUCCCAGCCCUUUGCCCACCUGGCCACAGGGGCUCGGCAUCGCUCUCAGCUGCGGCACAUGUGCUCAGCAGUUGCAGCUGGAAAGGUCAGAGAAGCUGUGUGCUGGGAGCAGCUCCGGCAUGCAGCCAUGCAGUAAGAAGUGUUAGACAUGCGACGUGCCUCCAUCUGUGCUGCAUCCUGUGCUUCCCGAGACAAAGCCGCAUGUUCUUCCCUACGUGCAUCGACUGUCACACAUUUUAUUAAAGAUCUUUCAGUUCAGCUGGAAAUUGCCCCUUGUCGUAGUCUCGCUGUGAUGCAGGGGGUAUUGUGCUGAGCUCUGUGGACAGGAAGCAGUCACACCUCAUUAUUCUUCGGGGGCUGUUUUAUUCCUCCCUUGCAUUACCUCCUACUUGUGUUGGGAUGACUCUGCAGUUCACAUACAAGCAUACACUCCAGCCAGAGUGUAUUUUAUUACUAUUCAACCCAAACUGCAUCCUCUACAAGACACCACCAAGAGUUCCUUGACAUUUAAAGCCCGGACACAAGAAGAGCUAUAAGCUUGGCUAGAUCAGAUAUGCCUCCUAGUCAAAAGCAAUGGCUUCUCCCACACAGUUGCUAACCUUGGCAUGAUAACACACCCCUGUAUUUUCUAGGUGACUUCUCUUCAUGCUCACACACAACGCACUUUCAGGCAGCGCUGCGAUUUAUUUUCCAAACUGGCACUCAGCAUUUCCAUCCCCAUGGAUGCCAGCGUGCUGUAAAACCCCAGGUGACAGCGGCACCAGCUGAACCAGGGUUAGUUACAGUGAAUCCCACAGGAGCCCAUACCACCCACCAGCCAUCCUUCCUCCUCUUGUCAUCCAUAUGCAUAACUAGACCCAGGCUAAUAUUCAGUCCUGCUUCUUUUGUACCCACCCACCAGCAGGAGGGAAGCAACACCACCCUCCCUUCCCAUCCCCACCCCCCGCCUUCCCCUCCACCAAAAUGGUGCAGUGAGAUGUGAAGGCUUCACAAAGACUCUAGGACUGACAAGGUGAGAGUAGCUCAAUCCAUCUUCCAGCUCUAAGGAUGCUUCCAGCAGGCAGAUCAAGCAAAUAGAACAUCAGGGCUUGGGACCAAAACAGGCUUGCCUCCACCAGCACUGCCUGGAGGCAAUGGCAGCACUCCCCCAUAUACCCAGCGAGUGAUUCCACCCUGACCCACACACCCCCUUUCCACCCACCACACACACACAGACACAGGCGCUGCUCCACAAGCUGGGCAGGGGAUAAAUUUUCUGUUGCUGGCUCGAGUCCAUGUUUUCCUUGGUUUUGGCCCUGCUUGGGUGUAUUGUGUUGUUCCACCCUAGGAAGGAAGGAACGGGUGCAUGCCCACCUCCGCUGUUUGCACCCCAGUGGUCAGCAUACCUUUCAUUUUUGUGCCAGAGCCCAAACUAAGGGGUUGCAGAGGACUAUUUGUAUGCCUAUUUAUAUCGCCAAGUUUUGGAUUGUGACUUGCUGUGUUUUGAUACUGUGGAUUUUUUUAAAAAGUUAAAUAUAUUCUCUUGCUGGACAGCUGGAACAAAA